AUGUCGUCACAAUCACCCUCACAAUCGAAAGUCGCUGGGAAGAAGAUCCUCAUCACAGGGGCAACGGGCAAACAAGGUGGCGCGGUCAUUGAUGCCCUGCGAUCCAGCUCAACGCCUUUCCAGAUUCUAGCCCUAACGCGCAAUGCGUCCUCCCCCAAAGCGAGAACACUUGCCUCCGAGCCAAACGUUACCGUUGUCGAAGGCGAUUCCACAAACCCAGCACCUAUUUUCGAAAAGCAUAGACCGAUACAUGGCGUUUUUAGCGUUACGGCGAUGAAAAAACCCGGGGAUGAAGAAAAACAAGCCAUGCCACUAAUUGACGAGGCUAUUAAGAACAAUGUUGAGCAUUUUGUCUUUACAUCUGUGGACCGGGGAGGACCUGGACGGAGCGAGCAGAACCCUACGAAUAUCCCGCAUUUCCUGUCGAAACAUAACAUUGAGGAGCAUCUGAAGUCGCAGAUCGCAGCCAAAAAAUCAAAUAUGCAGUACACAAUAUUGCGGCCUGUUGCCUUCAUGGACAAUCUCACGCCGGACUUUAUGGGCAAAGGAUUUGCCAGCAUGUGGGCCGGUUUAGGGGAUAAGCCACUUCAGCUCAUCGCAACGCACGAUAUCGGGCUGUUUGCUGCCAGGGCGUUCGAGAAUCCCGCCGCGUACAAAAACAAGGCCGUCUCUCUCGCAGGAGAUGAGUUAACGCUCGCGCAAGGGAAGAAAGUCUUCAAGGAUACAUUGGGAUAUGACAUGCCCGAAACAUUUGGCUUCGUGGGCAGCGGCAUCAAAUUUAUGGUGAAGGAGAUGAGCACAAUGUUCCGGUGGUUCAAGGAUGAAGGAUAUGGUGCUGAUAUUCCUGCGUUGAAGAAGGAGGAACCCCGAUUACAGAACUUCAGCACAUGGCUGACGGAAACUAGCAGGUUUAAGAAGCAGUAG